ACCUUUAAAGCGCACGUCGAGGGCCCCUCCCUCCAGCGGGAAUCAGCCUACCGACGCCAGCCUGGAGGAUGCUGGUGAGAAGCAGGGGCCCAGGAUCCACAUUCCGGGUGCGGCCUCUCUGCUGACUGACCCCAGGCCCCUCUCCCUCGCAGAGUCCGGCUGCGUCCCUCGAUUCAGAGCCUCCGAGCGCCUCCCUCUCCGACGGCGUCCCUGCGGCCACGCGUCUGUCCCCAGGAGGCCCCGCGAGGCCGCCGGGACCGUGGGCGCCGCCGGGGCUGGAGGAGGCGCUGGGCGCACUGGGGCUGGAGGGAGAACGCGAGUACGCAGGGGACAUCUUCGCCGAAGUUAUGGUGUGCCGCGCGCUGCCAGGGAGGGCCUUGCCACCUGCUGUGACCCCGGAGAUGCGCGCGCUAGUGGUGGACUGGCUGGUCCAGGUGCACGAGUACCUGGGUUUGGCGGGGGACACGCUGUACUUGGCCGUGCAUCUGCUGGAUUCCUACCUGCGUUCAGGCCGAGUGCGCCUCCAUCGCCUGCAGCUCCUGGGCGUGGCCUGCCUGUUCGUGGCUUGCAAGGUGGAAGAGUGCGUGCUUCCCGAGCCUGCCUCCCUCUGCCUCCUGGGGGCCGGCUCCUUCUCGCCAGCCGAGCUGCUGCGCGCAGAGCGCCGCAUCCUGAGCCGCUUGGAUUUCCGGCUGCACCACCCCGGCCCGCUGCUGUGCCUCGGACUGCUCGGUGCGCUGGCUGGGAGCAGCCCCCAGGUGAUGCUCCUCGCCACCUACUUUCUGGAGCUGUCCCUGCUGGAAGCCGAGGCUGCAGAAUGGGAGCCGGGUCGUCGCGCAGCUGCCGCGCUGAACCUGGCGCACCGCGUGCUCGAUCGGACUGGGCCCGAGCCAGCGUUUUACAGCCCCGCGGAGCUGGCGCCCCUGGAGCCGUGCAUGGCCCGCGCCGCACUCCGGGGCCCCGCGCCCGGCCGCGCCGCCGUCUUCCUCAAGUACGCGCGGCCCCAGCGUCAGGGCACCAGCCUGGCCGCCGCCCGCCUGCUCCGCCGCCCGCAACCCCGCCGCCCCCAACCCGGGCCUCCCUGA